AUGAUCAGGACAUUGCCGUUGACAGCCAGGGCACCGGUGGCAUCGCUCAAGAAGCCCAAGGAACUCACCACUUACCGCCGAGAUCUCAAUGGCAACUAUAUUCAUGACGAUGAGGGCCACUCAUACUUUUAUUUCCCCGACUCGUACGUCGAACGAGGGUUCGACAUGGCGGCUGGGUUCUCCAAGUUCAACAAAAUCCCCGAGGCAAAGAACUUGGGCGACUUCCACGCGAUCCUCGCGGCCCUCGUCAAGCACGAGCAGCUGGUGGGCGCCCGGGUCGAGUGUGACGUGAUUGCAUUCCGAGGAAUUAUGACCAAAUUAAUGACAUUGCCCAUCGCUCGCGACGACUUCAGUCUCAAGGUCCUCACAUACGGCGGACACAUCAUGAUUAAGAACAACGACGAGUUUGAGCUCACGCGGCGCACCGCCAACACACCCACCGAUCUCGGACAGAGACUCGAGUACUCUGGGUACAAAUUUGAAAAGUUGGUGAUGCUCCCCAGGCCAUGGAGCGAAUGUUCGCGGGCCACCAUCGAAAGCAGACCCACGCAAGAGGUCAACAACUACGAGCAACUCAUCAGCGUGGUGCGCACGGGCAUUGGCAAGACGCGCAUGGUGUUGGCGGGUGAGGUGGAUGGGAUCUUUGACUACAAGCCGGUUUCAGACCUGAACUUGCCCCACUACAUCGAGUUGAAAACCAACAACUUGAUCACCAAUGAGCACCAGAUGAAACUGUUUGAAAAGAAGCUCUACAAAACAUGGGCACAGUGUUUCUUGAUGGGGAUCAAGAACAUCGGGGUCGGGUUCCGAGACGAGUCCCUUCACUUGAGAAACGUGGAAAUCUAUGAGGCGGACGAGAUACCAGCCAUGUUGAAGGACAAGAUCAACUGUGUGAGCUCGUUGAAGUUUUUUGGGGCGUUGAUGGAGUGGUUGAAUGAGUUGGAUAAGACCGUCACUAAGAGCUAUACCAUGAGUUUUGAGAGUGGGAAGGUGAUGUUGAUGGAAAGUCCGUUGUCGUUUGAAAGCGAGUUUUUGACGGAAGAGUUUAAGCGGUGGAGACAGUCUUUGGCGUAG